AUGAUUAUAACAGCAAACACAAUCAGAUACCAUGAGCCAUCCCACCUCCCGCUUAAAUUAACUGACCUGAGCGGACUUUUACCCUCAACAAAUAUGGUUCCUACCUUGGCUUCGGUUCCAGUGCCCUCACACUCAAAAAAAUGGCGGCCGGACUCUCCUCUGUUAGUUUUACAGGUUCAUGCGCGCUGGUUCUGCCCUGAGUUAAGAUGGCGCCCACUCACGCUUCCCUGCCCGGUUUCAGGUCUGGCAGGGCAGCUUCACCGCCCAUGCCUGAUGACCCCGCCUUGUUUCCGUAGAAAGACGCAGAGGAAACAUGGCGGUAGCUGCGGUUUAAAUUCCAGCCGCGCCGCUAGACUGAGAACAAGAGCUGGGUUGGAAGGGGCGGGACCUGGCAGCCCAGCUCGUCGCGACAGCUUGGAGAAGCAGUGGCGCCGCCGCCGCACACACCGGUGCCACCGUCUCUGUGUUCAUGAUGAUUCGGGGAUGGAAGAGGACGUCACCCUGCCGGGGACCCUCAGCGGCUGCAGUGACCUUCACCCUAUUCUGCCAAGUGAGCUGGAUGGCAUCAAUGGCAUUGCUGGCUUAGGAAACGGAGGGCUCCCAAACAUGUCACAAGAAAAGGUCUGGCCUACCAGAGCCUGGAACAUGAAGGACUUUGAAAAUAACAUUGAACUCAAGGUGGAAGUGGAAAGUCUGAAGCAGAAGCUCCAGGAGAGAGAUCAGUUACUCAUCAGUGCCUCCAAAGCAGUAGAGAGUCUCACCGAAGGGGGAGGUUCUGAAGUCCAGCGCGUGAAAGAAGAUGCGAGGAGGAAGGUGCAGCAGGUGGAAGACCUCCUGACGGAAAGGAUACAUCUUCUAGAAGAAGAUGUGAAAGCCGCCCAAGCAGAACUGGAGAAGGCCUUUGCAGAGACGGAAACAGAGAAGGCAUUUCACCUCAGCUUGGAAAGCAAGCUCUCUGAGAUGAAGAAGAUGCAGGAACAGGACCUGGAGUUGACUCUGGCUCUGGAAGACAAGGACAGACUGAUUGAGGAGUUGAAGCUGUCUUUGAAGAGCAAAGAAGCUUUAAUUCAGUGCCUUCAAGAGGAGAAAUCUCAGAUGGCAUCUCCUGACGAGAAUGUGUCAUCUGGAGAACUCCAAGGACUUUCUGCCACUCUGAGGGAAGCAGAGGAGAGAGACACUGAGGCUGCACAGAGGGAUUGGCAGAAGGAGCAAAAUCACUGGGAAGCGAAGAUCCAGUCAAGAAUGGAAGCAACCGGCUCGUACUGACCUUCAACCAGUCUGUCCCAGCGCGAUGGCCCCUUCCAGGAAGUUCUUCGUUGGGGGCAACUGGAAGAUGAAUGGAAGGAAGAAGUGCCUGGGAGAACUCAUUUGUAC